AGGUGGUAUGCGUCGUUUAAAUUAGCUUAUAUUUUGGCGCCUAUCUAUAGCAUCUUGAAAAUUGACUUCCGUUUCCGUCGAUUUGUAUGUUUGAAAAAAAAACCGCGAUUGAAUAAAGAUAAACAUCAUGCCGAGAGCCACGAAAAAGGCAGAAGAAGUUGAUAGGGUUGUUUGUCAAAAUCUUGAAUUGGCAAAGUCGAUAAGAGAUUUUCUGAGAAAUCAUUGUAAUAAAACAAUUACGUUGGAAGAUGCGCUAAGCAGCAUUAUGAAGAUAUAUAAAACAGAAAAAAAAAAAAAUUCAAGCACUCCUAAAUUUAAUGAAGCAUUGCAGUAUUUGAUGUACAAUGCCUUCGAAUUUGGAGAUAUGGAAAGUGAUUUUAUAAAUAAACACUGGGAUCUAUUUGGGGCAAUUUUAGCAGAGAUAACUGUUCUUGAAAAAUCAGAUGUAAUCAAUCCAGUUGUUCGUAAUGUAAUAAGGCAUUAUUUUUCGUGCCAAGUUCCAGAAAAAGAACUUCGGUGGCAUACAACUCAUAUAUGUGCAAGUUUUUUACUUCAUCUACCGAAUGGUGUUGACCUAAGCGGAAAAUUUUACGAUAAAAUUGUGGAGAAAUUGAAGAUUGAUGCUAAUGACAAAUGCCCAGCUGUUAGAUUGUGGGCAGUGAAAGGAUUAACUGUUUUCCAAUGCUCUGGUGAAGACAUAGAUGUAAUUAGAUUUCUUAUAGACAAGGCUAAAUUUGACGGUAAUUUGGCGGUGAGAUUAGCUGCCCAAGAAUCAUUUUGUAUAACAUCAAGAACGGCCAGUGAAUUGACAAAUUUUAUCUUGUCAAAGAAUGCUGCUAGUAGAAAAUUAGCAUUCUCGAGAUUGGGAUCAAGCGUGCACAUUAGAGCUUUGGUGAGAGAAUAUAGACAGAAAGCCCUUUUUUAUGCCUUUCAAGAAAGUGAACCUGAUGUCAAAAAACAUGCAAAGGAGCAUUUAAUUGAAAUUUGGAAGCAAAUGUGUUGCAGCAUUGAACAAUUGGUUAAAUAUCUAAUUUGUGAGACGUCUGAUAAACGCGAUUUCAACGUCCUUAAUUCUGUUUUAAAGACUUAUAAUGCUGAAACCUUAAUUGAAGCUUGUUUCGAAAAUCUACCAUCUCCAGAUACUAGAGGAGGAAUUGAUGGAGAGAUACAGCGAAAUUACCCUCCUUUACUGAAUGAUAAGUUAUGCAUUGACUUGGAUAACAUAACUUUCGUUAAAGCCGUAUGGUGGUCUGAAACGCUGAAAGUUCUUAAAGCCAAACAGGAAGAAGGCGAAAUGGACCUUGUUGAAAAAAUAACACCCUCAGCCUUAGAUUUUACAAAUAUGAUUGAAUCAUUUUAUUAUAAGUAUAAGGAUGAUUUGGAUUCUGGAAGAAGUAUUAAUGAGGACAACUUGCCUUUAGAUUACAUAAAAGCCUCGUGUACUAUAGGUUAUUUACUACAAAUAAGCGAAUAUGUCGAUAACAACGAUCCUGUUGGAAGAGAAAAAGUAUAUAAAUCUUUCAAGGAACUGCUUCUUUUAGAUUCUACGUGUUACGAUUGGUGUGGUGGAUUCGUAAAGGCAAAACGUAGAUUUGCUCUUAAUGACGAAGAAUUUACAAAAGAUAUUUUCUAUAUUAUAUCUGAAGUUCUUCAGCCUUUCAGUGAAAAUGUUACUACGAGUCAUAACGACGAAACUGAACCAACUCAAGCAGCAGAUAGCACUAUUAGAACUGAUCAUUUUGUUAGAGCUAAAGUUCUGGCUUGCUUAAAAGAAUUCUCAAAUUUAAUGAAGGAAUCAACAUAUGAUUUAAGCCAGAGCAACACUUAUCAAGAUUUUAUAAAGCGAAACGUUGCUGCUUGGGUAUCUGUUGAUACCGAAUUACCAUAUGUUCGGUUACUUGCAUUGGAAAUCAUACAUAUUCAUGCAAAUUGCUUUAAAAGAACCGAAAAGGAUUUGGAAACAGCAAUAUUAGCUUUUGUUUAUAAUAUUAUCGAAAGAAAAAGUGUAUAUCAUACGGAGGCAGACCUUGUAAAUCUCUUCAGAUUAACGACAUCAUUCUUAACUCACACAAGUAGAACCGCUAUCAAUGAUACUAUAUUUAAAGUAGAAGCAAAUUGUGAAGCUACGGUUCUAUUACUGAAGCAUUGCGGUUAUGAGGACAAAAAUCUUAAAAAUUUCGACCCACUUGAAUUUAUUUUGGACGAGUAUUGCUCAUGUUUCUAUAGUCUACAGUUUGAGGGGCAGUGCGAAAUUAUUAAUUUUUUAUGUAUCCUACUAAUUUAUAGGAGAAACGUUGAAAAUCUUCUCCCUAGAAUAUUUGAUAUUGUUGUUUACGACCAUAAAAGAAAGAUCACAGCCCAUUCACUAGUGCGCGAAACAGUUGAACUAGUUUUUGAAAGUGAAAUAAUUAAAUCGAAUAUCUUUGUGGAAUUUGUUGAUUGUUUUACAAGAAUUGUAAAAGUGAUGGUGAACGAAGACGAAGAUUACUUAGCCAUUCUCAUUGAUAUAUUUUGUAAGAUAUGUAAACAUGGCAUAGAUAAAAUUAUCCAAGACGCUGAGACAUCAGCACAGAGCUUAGAUAUAUUGCAACAAGUUAGAUUGAAACUCUCUACAGUUUUGAAGGCUAUUGGAACACAAAAAGAUAUUGAACGGAUUGUGACAAAAAUUGAAAAAUCUCCCGUUUUUGCCGAAAAUGAAGAAUUAUUCAAAGCAGAAGAAAAGGAUGAAGUUGACACAACUAUGAAAGAAUUGACCAAGACAAUUGAAGAAGACGAAUAUGAGGAGGAUGAGGACGACGAUGAUGUUACAAUUAUUGCAGAAACAGCAGCUGCAGUCUCUCAACUGAAAGUGGAAGUUAAGGAAGAAAUAGAGGCAAUUAAUAAUGACAGUCAUGAAAGUUCAUCCGAUGAUAUCGUACCUCUCUCUCCUACUACACAGGCCCCCACCUUAAAAAAGCGUGGCGUAGUCAGUAACAAAGUGACUGAUGACUCGAAAGAAUUUGUAAAGUCAAGAACCACCAGGAGUAAAAGUGGUAAGAAAAGAGGACACGACACGGAUAUAGCAAAGUAUGUAAUGUUUUUUUCAUAUCCCAGUUACUUUAUUAGAAGCAUAAUUAUCUUACUUAUAAAAAACUAGUUCAUCUUUUCUAUUCGCCUUUAGCUCCUUAAAUACUCUAUUUACAUAUUUUUUCAUCUUAGUUUUAGCAAAUUAAGCGGACAAUUGGUAACGCUCCUAGUAUCAUCUAACUUUUUGGCUUCUUUAACCGCAUGCUCAACAAUAGUUAUGUUCAUGAUUUAAUAUCCUUUUUUUUUCAGAUCAAGAGACAACGUUGUUGUGGAAAAAAGACAAACAAGGUCAUCAGCUCGAGAAAAUGAAAGAAAUCUUCGAUCUAGAGGCAAAAAAAGAAGUCAAGACAUGCCAAAGUAAAUGCUUAUUCUCAUUGAAAGAAAAUUUUGUAUAUACGAUUUGAUACAUAGUCUAUUACAUAUCAAGAUUAAACUUUCAUAAUCGCAUUAUUUAGAUAUCAAUAUUUAUCGCUUAUUUUUUGUAUAUAUCUUUCGGCAGACAUGUAAAAUAUUUUCCAAAAAGAGAAAGAAAAUAUUUAGAUUUUCGUCCACUUUGAGCUCUAUUAAAUUCUUGAACAUACACAUAUGUAAAAUAUACUUUUUCUAAAUAAAU